AUGUUAAGCAAAUGGCGAACGGCAACUCUUUCGCGGGCGCGAGAGCGAAGAAAGAUUCAUUCGAGUCCUGGAAAUUUUCUCCACGAUAGCUCCGUAUAUUCUACCGCCAUGGCGGUGCCAGCGACGCCGGAUUCCGUCAGGCACGUUCCUGCUGACCCUGUGGCAGCAGCGCUAGCGGCGGCAGCGUCGGCGAGCCCGGCCGUGAAGCGCGCUGAGCUGCGAGCCGCUGUGGGGGAGCUGCGUGACCGAUGCUUGUUCCAGGCGUCAGCGUGGGCAGCAGAGCAAUUGACAGGCUUGCCCGCCAUGCCGUCCCAGUCAAACCCUGCAGCCGGGGACAGUAGAGAGGAGCGAGGAGGAAGGGACGGGCAGGCAGGGAUAAGCAAGGCAGAGACGCGGACAGGCGAUGCAGCAGGGACGAAGGGGACAGGAGGGAUGAUGGGAGAGGCGGAAGGAGAGGCGAAGGGUGGGGCGAAAGGGCAAGAGGCAAUGGAGAAGGAGGAGGAUUCGGACGAGGUGUUGUUUGCGCGGUCUCUCUUUGAUGUGAGGGAGUUUAGGAGGGCGGCGCAUGUUCUGGAAGGGGUGGGAGGGCGGAGGGCACUGUUCCUGCGCUGCUAUGCGCUCUACCUGGCAGGGGAGAAGCGCAAGGAAGAGAUCAUUCUAGAAACCUCCUCUCAGCAGCAGACCCUCCCCGGAACAAACCAGCAGCAGCAGCAGAUUCCCUUCCCUGCCCACCCCACCACCUCCUCCCCGGACAAUCCCGCGUCUCCUGUGGCCAAUCCUGAGCUGCCACGUGUCCAGGCUGAGCUGGAGCGGGAGCGGGCGGCGGGAAGGCUGGAUGCGUGGGAGAGGUAUCUUCUGGGGGUGGUGUUGGCGCAGAGGGGGAGGGAGGGGGAGGCACGGGUGUUGCUGUGUGAGAGUGUGCGGGAAUACCCUUGGAACUGGGCUGCAUGGCAGCAGAUCGAGGCCCUCUGUCUCGACCAUGAUACCUACCUCUCGCUCCUCCCCGCCCUCCCUUGCCACUGGAUGACCCUAUUCGCCCUCUCCUCCCUCCUCCUCUCCCUCCACCGCAACCCCGAAGCCCUCUCCCUCUGCCUGCACCUCGCCUCCCCCCCUUCCUCCUCCUCCACCUCCUCCGCCUCCUCCUCAUCCUUCUCUCACUCCCUCUCUCACUCAACGCAACAUGCAGAGGGCGAGCAGGGGGGCAGGGGGGGGUUGAGGGAUGGAGAUGGGGGAGAAGGAAAGGGUCAGGGAGAGGCGACCGAAGGGAGGAGAGGAGGAGGAGAGAGAACAGGAGCAGCGACAGGAGGGGGAGUAGCAGGAGGAGCAACAGCAGGAGGGGCAGUAGGAGGAGGAGGGGGAGGUGGGGGCUUUCCACACAGCACGUGGGUGGCGGCAGCGACAGCAACGGCUCACUACAACCUGAGGGACUUUGACUCGGCAGAAGCGGUGUUCACCGAGUUGACUGGCGUUGACCCGUACAGGCUGGAGGCCAUGGACACGUUUUCCAACAUCUUAUAUGUUAAAGAGGACUUUGCUGGGCUCAGUCACUUGGCGCACCGGGUGACUAAGAUUGACAAGUAUCGCCCUGAAACCUGUUGCAUCGUCGGAAAUUAUUUCUCCCUAAAGGGCCGCCACGAGCGAGCAGUGGCCUACUUCCGCCGGGCCCUGCGCCUCGACCGCUGCUACCUGUCGGCGUGGACGCUGAUGGGGCACGAGUAUGUGGAGAUGAAGAACAGCGCCGGGGCCAUUCAAGCGUAUAGGCGGGCGGUGGACAUCAACCCGAGGGAUUAUCGCGCGUGGUACGGGCUCGGGCAGACGUAUGAGAUUCUUGCCAUGCCCUACUACGCCCUUUACUACUACCGCAAAGCAGCCUCCCUGCGCCCACACGACUCGCGCAUGUGGUGUGCCAUGGGGCAGUGCUACGAGGCACAGCAGCUGCAGCAGCCGGAAGCAGCCAUCCGCUGCUACCGCCGCGCCGUCGCCAGCAAUGAGAGCGAGGGGUUGGCCCUGCACAAGCUGUCGAAGCUGUAUGAGGGAUUGGGGCAGAUGAAGCAGGCCGCACACUUUUACAAGCGCAAUCUGGACCGCAUGGACUCGGAGCAGGUGGAGGGGCCGGAGCUGGUGGAGGCGCUGCUCUUCCUGGCAACGCACCAUCGCUCUGAGGGGAGUUUGGCAGAGGCAGAGCGAUACUCCACCCGCCUGCUCGACUUCGGUGGCCCUGCGAAGGAGGAUGCCAAGGCUCUACUACGGGAGAUUCGGAGUUUUGGAGCUGACAAGGUUAUUGUUGAGACCGCUCUGAUUGAAAAUAGUCAUCUCGCGUCACCUCCACAAUCAAGCGCGCACGAUGACGCUCAUGUCGCCACGACGACCGCGAGCGAAGCAAGUGGAAGAACCGAGCAGCCGGCCAGCGAGCCGAUGCGUGACGAGGAACGAAGGCUUGACGACGAGCGUAGGCCCGAUGACUGCUCGCCUGCUGCUGCUGACGUGCCAUCUGAAGCCACCGCCGUAGUUCACGCCGUAGUCGGCGCUACGGCCGUAGUUGACGCUGCUGAAGUCAUCGCUGCUCCUGCUGACAGGCCAGCUAUGGAUGCUAAGGGUGGAGGUGUGGAAGCGGAAGGAAUGGAGACGGAAGGAACGGAAACGGAGAAACUGGAAACGGAGAAAACGGAGACGAAACGGAUGGAGACGGAAAGUUUAGAGGUGGAAGCAGCAGGUUCCGUCGCGCCGACGGAAAGUGUCAUUGCUUCGUCUUCUCCUGUUAAAGCCGCUGUUCCGGAUCCCGCCGCGACUGCUCCGACUGCUGACGCCAACGGCUCUGUCACCGACGCGCCGGAUCAAAUUACUUCCGCUGUAGUUGUGGAAGAGGCGAAAGCAAGAGAAGCGGAGAGAGGAGAAGAACGAGCAGCAGGCAACGAUUUUACCAACCCCGAACCGACUAUUGCCUUUGAAGCACCUAUAGGCUCGCAAGCACCCAUGGACUCAGCGCCAGCUGCGGCAGAUUCAGUCCCUUCGCAGCCCGUGGAGGAACCGUCGCAACCGGUUGAGCAGCCGCUACCACAGCCGCCGCAGCCGUCACAAGUGACGGUGGAGUCGAGUCAAAAGUCGUUAGAGUCGCCGCAGCCAGUAGAGUCGCAGCAACCGGUACAGCUGCCGCAGCCUUUCGAGGCGCAACAGGCGGAGAUCCCACAGGCGGAGAACCCACCGGCGGAGACCCCGCAGGCUGAGCCUAUGCAGCAAGACUCGCCGCUGCCUGCGGCUCCUACAGGAAGUACGCAGCAAUCUGCGCAGCAGUCCGCGCAGCAACCCGCGCAGCUACCCGCGCAGAAACCCGCGCAGCCAGGUGGGGAAAGCGCAGGGGCAGGAAUGGCGGAUGCGGAAAUGGUUGGGGGUGACGGGGUGGGGAAAGCACAGGCGAUGGAGGAAGCGGGAGCGGGUGGCGAUCGGCGUCCCCACAUGUUCCCCCCGCAGGCGCACAUGGGCGCGCCUAACGCGCACAUGCCCCCCCCAGGGCACAUGGGCGCACCGGGACACAUGCCCCCAGGGGGGGACGUUGUGGGGAUGACCGUAACAGAAGGCAUUCCCAUGACAAUGCAUCCCAUGCAUCAUCCCAUGCACCAUACCAUGCCCCAUGGCAUGCCCCAUGGGAUGCCCAACGCCAUGCCCCAUGCCAUGCCGCACGCCAUGCCUCCAGGCGCCGUUCACCCCUCCCAACUCAACCAGCAAGUGUCAGUCCUCCAUCCCACGCCUGUCCACCUCUCUCCCACAUCAAUGGCCAUGGCUUCCUCGGCAAAAUCCGAAGGCGCGAUCUCAGCCGUCCCUUCGUUGGACCAGCCGCUGGUGCUCAGCCGAGCCUCAGCCUUGGCGGCGCUCGGAGCUGACCCCGAGGCUUGGAGCCGCAUGUCGGCGGUUCGGCGGCGAGUGGCGGUGACAGGGCAGGUUAAGAAGGAGAUUUGCGAGCUGAAGCUGCAACUGGGGGACGUGUCUCAAGACGAGAUGGUGGAGCAGGUGAGCAGUGCUUGUGGAUUGACUCAGAAUGUCUUUAUGCAUGAAGGCGUGAAGGAGAUCUGCGAGCUGAAGCUGCAGCUGGGAGACGUGUCUCAAGACGAGAUGGUGGAGCAGGUGUACAGGCGGUACGGAGUGAGGCUCAGUCGAACAACGGUCUCCAAGAUCCUCAAGGACGCACCCAGGUGGCUCAGAGUGUCGGGUGCAGCAGCCAAGCAGAAGCGCUGCCGCAUGGCCAAGUUCCCCCAGAUGGAGGCUGCCUUGGCGCACUGGUACCGACAGGUGAGUUCAAUGCAUGCCAACAUCAGUGAUGCCAUGAUAGUGGACAAGGCCAGGCAACUCUCAGUGGAGCUGAGUAUCCUCCCGGACGAGUUCAAGGUGUCGGACGGCUGGCUGUACCGCUUCAAGCGCCGCCACGAGCUGCCCACUGCUCGCAAGCGAGCCCUCCCUGGGAUAAAACCUGAAGACCAGAUGGGCGAACAUGGAGGAGCACUCCCUUCCUCCCAGCAAGACUCACCAAUCGGGGGACUGCACAGCAGCAUGGGUCCCUAUGGUACCAUGCUACCAUAUGGUGACCCAUCUCACAUGCAUUCAGCAACCAUGGCUGGAGGAGCAGCAGGAGGAAGCAGCAGUCAGCACCCCAUGCUACCACACCAGCAUCACAUGAUCCCGCAUGACCCAUCUGCCAUGGGUGCCCCUGCUGGCUCGGCUGCAGGGGCUGCUGGAGCUGGUAUGGGAGGGUCCCUUGCCAUGCCUGGUAUGGCAGGAGGUUCGCUACAGGGAUUGCAAGGCAGCCGUGGAAUGGGGUCUGGUGCUGGUGGGCUGGAUGCUGGGGAGGGGAUGGAGGAUGUGAUGGAAGGAAGUGAGUCGUAUGGAGAGUCGGAGGAGGAGGAAGAUGAAGGGAUGGAGGGAGGCAGUGGGGGAGAGAGUGGGUUUGGGAUGGGUGGUGGCAGAUGGUCGGCUGGAGGGAGUGGAAUGGGGAAGAGGAUGCAGAUGGCAAUGGCAUCGGCAAUGAGUGGGCUGAGUCCGGUUGAUAUGGAGAGGUACUCUCAGGUGAAGUCCCUGUUUGCUGGAGCUCUGAAGAAACUAGAAUCGUACCCUCGGCUGUGA